AUGUCGCAGCGACCAUCCACACCAGUCAAGGUGCCGCCCUCGGCAGCAAACUACACGCCCGCAACGCUGGACCCAGACCUGCGAUCACAGAUCAACGCGAUACUGCUAAAAGACGGCCACGUCGCCAAAAUCCAAGAAGCCCUCCUCCACGCGCUCAACUCAAACUCCUCCAACUGGCCCACCGCCGUCCAGAACCACGCCCUGAACCUCCUCCGCUCCGGCGAAGUCACCACCUACCCUGCCCUCCUCCGCCGCGUCCUCGACGACGUCCGCGAGAGCCAGCCGUCCACAUCCACAUCCACGUCCAGCGCCAACGGCAAAUCGUCAGCAGCGACAAACGGCGCCGACGCCAACAAGAAAGCCAACGGCGCCUCCUCGGACAAGCCGCCCCUCGCCAUACCCACCUCCGUGAUAGAAGAGGCCCUCCGCAUCACGAGGGAAAGCCUCGACGCCGUCUGCGAAAUCGAGGAGAAGGGCAGCGGCUAG